AGGUGGAGGCCAGCCGGGGACUGUAGAUAAACCAGGCAACACCCAUAGCGACUCACUCAGUGCUUUGCUCAGAGAGCGCCACAGAAGGCGCUUAUUACCAUGCUAGCACCGGAAGUCGCCGGCUGUCCGCGCGUGUACAGUCGGCUCGGUGUGCUGGUGCUCGGUGUGCUGGUGGCGGCGGCGCGGUGGGGCUGCGCGGUGGGGCUGCGCGCGGGGAGGCGGCUGUCGGUGGUGUGAGCGGCCCUCAUGUGGACUCGCGCGUCUGGAUGUAGCUGAUUGGAGUCGGUGCUGAAUCGCGCAGCCAGCAGGGGGAGGAGGGCAGUUUCAGGAGUGGGGUGUUUCUCUCUCUCUCUCUCUCUCUCUCUCUCUCUCUGUGCGUGUGUGUGUGAGUGUGUGUGUGUGUGAGAGACUCUCCAGCGGCCAUGUUAACCAAGAAACCCUGCGCUGCCGUCUACCCGACUGGUAAGAAGCCUGGAGUGUGAUUGUAAGCGCUCUUUAAAACAGCCCUCGGCGCGGUUAUGCCGCACACUGGACGCUGGAUUAGACGUGUUUAUUCACUCCGGAAUAACGCGAAGCUUUGAGAAAAACCAGGCGCUUUCGCUUUUCUAACCGAAAUCGAUGUUUGCUACACAGUAGCUUGUAGCUGUAGCCGUGUUUUCCUGCUUUAUCCUCAGUGCUGGGCUUCUCUUUACACAUGCUGAAGGUAAAGGGGGUGAGCUGUGCACCGGGGCUGUCCGGUCUGGAGCAGGGAGCGAGCCGCCAUCACCCAUCACACUGCCACCUCUCAGGAACAGCAACUCGCUCACGGUUGGAGGCAAUAAGAACACGAUGAAUGACCAUCUGCAUGUCGGAAACCACCAGCAGAUCCACGUUCAACAGCUGUUUGAGGAAAACAGCAAUAAGAGGACAGUGUUGACGACACAGCCAAAUGGGUUGACGCCAGUAGGCCGAGCAGGCUUGCCCUUGCCGGAGAGGCAACAAGAAAGCAGCCAGUGUAGGGAGGGCAGUUCCGCCUCCACCAAAUCCACUGAAAGCAAGCCCAAGAUAGCUCCUAUUACUCCUGAGCAGGCCAUGAAGCAGUACAUGUCCAAACUGACAGCAUUUGAACACCAGGAGAUUUUCAACUACCCUGAAAUAUACUUCAUAGGACCAAAUGCUAAGAAACGGCCAGGUGUGGUCGGGGGCUCAAAUAAUGGUGGUUAUGAUGAUGAUCAGGGCUCUUAUAUCCAUGUACCUCAUGACCACAUAGCCUACAGGUACGAGGUAUUGAAGGUCAUUGGUAAGGGCAGUUUUGGACAAGUAGUGAAGGCCUAUGACCACAAGGCCCACCAGCAUGUGGCUUUGAAAAUGGUGCGCAACGAGAAGCGGUUUCAUCGCCAAGCAGCCGAGGAGAUUCGGAUCCUGGAGCACUUGCGCAAGCAGGACAAAGACUCUACUAUGAAUGUCAUCCACAUGCUGGAGCACUUCACAUUCCGCAACCACAUCUGCAUGACAUUCGAGUUACUCAGCAUGAACCUGUAUGAGCUCAUAAAGAAAAACAAGUUUCAGGGCUUCAGCUUGCCGCUGGUGCGCAAGUUUGCGCACUCCAUUCUGCAGUGUCUGGACUCCCUGCACAAAAACAGGAUCAUUCAUUGUGACCUCAAACCCGAGAACAUCCUCCUGAAGCAGCAGGGACGCAGUGGGAUAAAAGUGAUCGACUUCGGAUCCAGCUGCUUUGAACACCAGCGGGUCUAUACUUACAUCCAGUCACGCUUUUAUAGGGCACCGGAGGUCAUUCUGGGCUCUCGGUAUGGGAUGCCAAUCGAUAUGUGGAGCCUGGGUUGUAUUUUAGCGGAAUUACUAACGGGGUACCCUCUCUUGCCUGGGGAAGAUGAAGGGGACCAACUAGCAUGUGUCAUAGAGCUACUGGGCAUGCCCUCCCAGAAGCUGUUGGAUUCGUCUAAGAGAGCCAAAAAUUUUGUCAGCUCGAAGGGAUAUCCUCGUUACUGCACAGUCACAACCUUACCUGAUGGCACUGUAGCACUAAACGGUGGACGGUCACGUAGGGGCAAGCUUCGAGGUCCACCAGGAAGCAAGGAUUGGGUAACAGCGCUUAAGGGCUGUGACGACCCCCUUUUUCUGGACUUCCUCAAGCAAUGUCUGGAGUGGGACCCGGCUUUGCGCAUGACUCCAAGUCAGGCCCUCCGCCACCCGUGGCUGAGAAGACGCUUGCCAAAACCUCCCACUGGGGAGAAAACUACCGUAAAGCGAAUCACUGAGGGCACAGGUGCUAUAACCUCUAUCUCCAAAUUACCUCCCACAUCAAGUUCAGCCUCAAAGUUAAGGACUAACCUGGCACAAAUGACUGAUGCCAAUGGGAAUAUACAGCAGAGGACAGUGUUGCCAAAAUUAGUCAGCUGAAUACUAAUUUUUUUUGUUUGGUUCUUUGUUUUGUUUCUAUAAAUGUUGGUAUUUAAAUGUGGAAAGGUGAGCAUCCACAAGUGUGAAAGGUUUUAGGAAUAUAGUCUUUAAUCCAUCAUUUAUUUACAGAUUUGUAGCACCUUUUUUUUUUUUUUUUUG